UCCAUUUCUAUGUUUGGCAACGUGGGGUGCAGAGUCCUGCACAUGUGAAGCUCAAAAUGAAGCAUACAACAAUGGAGAACUCGUGGCGCAAACAAGCCGCCUCAAAUCUUGCGUACCACUUCUAUAUUAGGCGUAUCCACCUGGAUUAAUUGCAUGUUUCUUCUCCAAUGGAUUAUCGUCGGGAGCGCUUAGCCGUCCUCCUCCUUUUCCUCACCGCCUCGCUGUUGGCCACCACCACCGGCGUUGUCGCCCACAACGACAAUGCUCCGCACAGGAACUACCUCAUCAUCGUGCGCAAGCCCUACGAGUACGACCAGCAUGUGUACAAGAACGUGUCGAGCUGGCACGCCUCGCUGCUGUCGUCCGUGUGCGACAUGGCCAAGGAGGAGCUCGCCGCCGACCCGGGCGCCCUGCCGCGCCUCAUCUACUCCUACCGCAACGUCGUCAAUGGCUUCGCCGCCCGGCUCUCCACGGACGAGGUGCACAGGAUGAGCAAGAUGGACUGGUUCGUCAGGGCCAUCCCGGAGAAGACCUACACGCUCAUGACCACGCACACGCCACGGGUGCUCGGGCUCACCGGCCCCACCAUCUUCAACCCCGGCGUGUGGAACCGGAGCAACAUGGGCGAAGGCAUGAUCAUCGGCGUCCUCGACGGCGGCAUAAGCCCCGGGCAUCCGUCCUUCGACGGGACCGGCAUGCCGCCCCCGCCCGCCAAGUGGAAGGGCCGGUGCGACUUCAACGGCUCCGCGUGCAACAACAAGCUCAUCGGCGCCCGGUCCUUCUACGAGUCGGCCAAGUGGAAGUGGAAAGGCAUCGACGACCCCGUGCUCCCCAUCGACGAGAGCGUGCACGGGACGCACGUUUCGAGCACGGCGGCCGGCGCGUUCGUGCCCGGCGCCAACGCCAUGGGCAGCGGCAUCGGCACCGCGGCCGGCAUGGCCCCGCGCGCGCACCUGGCGCUCUACCAGGUGUGCUUCGAGGACAAGGGCUGCGACCGCGACGACAUUCUCGCGGCCAUCGACGACGCCGUCGACGAAGGCAUCGACGUGCUCUCCAUGUCGCUCGGCGAUGACUCUGCGGGAGACUUCGCGGCAGACCCCAUCGCGCUCGGGGGGUUCAGCAGCAUCAUGAGAGGCGUAUUCGUCUGCACGGCCGCUGGCAACAACGGGCCGGACCCGGCAACGGUCGCCAACGAGGCGCCGUGGCUGCUCACCGUGGCCGCGGCCACGAACGACCGGAGGUUCGUGGCCAACGUGUUGCUUGGCGACGGGGCCGAGAUCAGCGGGGAAUCGCACUACCAGCCGAGGGAAUACGUGAGCGUGCAGCGGCCGUUGGUAAAAGACCCUGGCGCCGACGGCACGUGCUCCAACAAGAGCCUCCUGACGGCCGACAACGUCCGCGGGAAGAUCGUCCUUUGCCACACCGGCGGCGACGCGACCAACCUCGAGAAGGGGGUCAUGCUACGCGACGCGGGCGCCGACGCCUUCAUCAUAAUCUCCCCCGACUUCACCGGCACCGUGAUCCAACCCAAGGCGCACGCGCUCCCGGCAACGCAGGUCGAAUUCCUGACAGCGGAAAAGAUCGAGGCCUACAUAAACUCCACGCAGAACCCGACGGCGCAGCUGGCCUUCAAAGGGACGGAGUACGGCAACCGCAUGUCGCCCGUCGUGGCGCCAUUCUCGUCACGGGGCCCGAGCAAGCAAAACCAGGGGAUCAUCAAGCCCGACAUCACCGGCCCCGGGGUGAACAUCAUCGGGGGCGUCCCCAGGCCCGCGGGGCUCGCGCAGCCGCCGAACGAGCUGGCGAAAAAGUUCGACAUCAUGUCUGGCACGUCCAUGGCCGCGCCGCACAUCAGCGGGAUCGCCGCGCUGAUGAAGAAGGCGCACCCGACGUGGUCGCCGGCCGCGAUCAAGUCGGCCAUGAUGACGACGACCGACACGAGGGACCACCGCCGGAUGCCGAUCCUGGACCAGGACGGCAAGCCGGCCAACAUGUUCUCCUUGGGCGCCGGCUUCAUCAACCCGGCGAAAGCCAUGGACCCUGGGCUCGUGUACAACCUCAGCGCCGAGGACUACAUCCCUUACCUCUGCGGGCUCGGGUACAGCAACCACGAGGUGAACUCCAUCAUCCACCCGGCGCCGCCGAUCUCGUGCGCGAGGCUGCCCGUAGUCCAGGAGAAGGACCUCAACUACCCGUCCAUCGCAGUCAUCCUCGACCAGGAGCCGUACGUCGUGAAGGUCAAUCGAGCCGUGACGAACGUGGGGCGCGGCAAGGCGGUGUACGUGGCCAACGUCGAGGCCCCGGCGUCGCUGUCGGUGACGGUGAUGCCGGACAGGCUCAGGUUCAAGAAGGUGAACGAGGUGCAGGCAUUCACGGUGACCAUCGGGAGUAGUACGGGGGGGCCGAUGGAGGACGGCGUCGUGGAAGGGCACCUCAAGUGGGUCUCGCUCAAGCACGUCGUGCGUAGCCCGAUCCUCGUCUCCUCCAAGAAGUUCUUCCAGGGUAAUUCGACGGCUACUGAGCCUCCUCAAGGGCGCUGAUCCGGAACUGGCAGCCUGGCCUGUAGUGAUCUCUUCAUCUUUAUUAGUGGUAUAUAUUCAGAUGACGUCGAAAUUCAAAGGUGUUUGGCCUUUGAUUAGCUUCUUGUUAGGUGUGUAUAUAAUGCAAAAGUGUUUACA